UACACUCGCCUCGCUUAUAUAACUGUCUCUCCUCUUUCCUUUUCUCCUCACUCUUCUCUGCAUUUCUAAUUUCUCUUCUACCAGAAAACCCCCAAUUUUUUUCCGGCGGCGGAGCCCUAAUCCCAUCGUCCUUGGUUCGCUGUGCUCUUUCAAUUCGUCGUAUUCUCAUCAUCGGAAUACAAUUGACGACGAUUUCAAGCCGCGCAGAAACGAACGAAGAAGAUCAGAGACUACGACGACGACGGCACAAGGCUUCUUCUUUCCUUGUUUUCUUUCACAUUCACGGUGUAUGUAUUUGGUUCAAUUUUCUCUGCUCUCUUGUGUAAUAGUGAAACCCUAAUUUCCAUUUGUCACUAUUCUCUAUCGAUUGUUCUUGAUUCAAUUCUGAAGAAUUUGCCAUAAAUAAAUUCAAUUUUUCUUGAAUAUCAUGAUGAGUGUGGCUACUGUCUCUCCGAUUUUGCAUAACAUUGAUAACCUUGUUGGGUAUCUUACGAGGGGACGAGGUUUAGAUUCUGAUUACAGUGACCUAGGAUUGAUAGAUCAGAGGGCAAAGAGGCUUAAGGUAGAGACUGAUGUGGGAAUUUCAGGAGAGGCAAGUUUUGCUUUUGACGAAAAACCCAGGUUCUCUGAAGUGAGAUUUGGGUAUAUACCCAAGGGGUUAGUGCUUAGGGAUGAUGAGAUUGAUCGAUUAUGCAAUGAAAACACUAGGAAUCUGUUGUUGAACCAUAAGAAACUUCAUCUGGUUCUUGAUCUAGAUCACACCCUGCUGAAUACCACUUUCCUUGAUGAGAUGUCACCCGACGAAGAAUAUCUGAAGACCCAAACCCAAUCUGAUCAUUCUCGGCAGUAUGUUCACAUUGUGGACACUCCCAGUAGGCAAUUGAUGACCAAGUUGAGGCCUUAUAUUAGGACGUUUUUAGUGCAAGCCAGUCAAAUGUUUGAGCUGUCCAUAUACACAAUGGGUAAUCGAGAUUAUGCGCUAGAAAUGGCUAAGCUGCUUGAUCCCGGAAAUCAUAUCUUUGGUGGUAGAGUCAUAUCGCGUGAUGAUAGCACAGAAACAGAGAGAAAGAGUCUAGAUGUCCUGCUUGCGCAAGAUUCUGCUGUUGUGAUCCUUGAUGAUACGAAAAAUGUAUGGACAAAUGACAACAGGGACAAUGUAAUAGUGAUGCCUAGAUACCAUUUCUUUAGAUCUAGUUGUCAAAAGUUUGGCCUCAGUAAGGGUAAGCCUUAUUCUGAGUUGAAGACUGAUGAAUGUGAUCGUUAUGGAGGAGCUUAUCUUGCAAAUGUACUUCAACUUCUUGGAUAUAUCCACACCAUAUUCUUUAAUGAAGUUGAGUUACAGGGGUGGGAUCUUAUGGACAGAGAUGUGAGGCUCGUCUUGAAAAUCCUUAAAAAGGAAGUCUUGAAGGGCUGUAAAAUUGUUUUCAGCCAUGUAUUCCCCUCAAAUGUCGAAGCUAAUACUCAUCCUUUGUGGAAGAUGGCGGAGCAGCUGGGCGCUACUUGUUCAACACAAGUCGAUCCAUCAGUCACACAUGUAGUUGCAGCGAAUGCUCGAACACAGAAAUCGUGUUGGGCAGUUAAAGAAGGAAAGUUUUUGGUGAAUCCCCAAUGGAUUCAUUCUGCAAAUUUUAUGUGGCAAAAGCAACCUGAAGAUAAUUUUCCCUGUCAUUAGUUCAUUACUAACACUGAGCAACUCUUAAUUGGACUGAUAAUAGUUGCAACUAAACUCUCCAGUUUACUACACGCUACAAGCAAAAGCCAGUUCCCACAAAAUGAACAUAAAAGAGAGAAUGAAUUGCAAGACCAACACUUUUGGAAGUCUGAGAGAAUUUUUGAAUGAAAAAAAAUUGUAAAAUUUCAAUCUUAUAAAAAACCUUCUCUAGGUUGUAAAUUUUGUUUGCUUUGUUCUUGUCUCAACUUUAUAUUAUCGUCUUAAGAACUUGGUGU